AUCUAGAAACCCAAAUCAAAAUCUCUGAAUUCUAGCACAUUACAGCAUGCCUAACCUACAAUGACAUAACUUCACACUUUUCCGGUGAUAAUAUAUAAUACUGAUCACACUCAGCCACAGAGCUUCCUUUAGAGCAAGGCAAUUGGUUGCAAAAAUGGAGGCAAUGAACAAGUGGGAGGAGGAGACAGAGGAAGCAGCAGCUGAAGGCAUGGCUCUGAGAAGAAAGCUGCCUCGCCAGCACAGCAACACAGCAAAUCUCACCACCACUGUCUCCAACGGUGACUUUAUCUUUUCUUCCUCUGAGAGUUCAUUAGCUUCUACUGAAGCUGACGAGGCUGAGGAAGUUAAGGAAACCCCAAGAAAUGGAACUUCCAUCUCUCUUAAAAAUGGAGGUACUGAAUCCCCAUACGAGAUCUCUGGUUUCAACGGCGGACAUGUCGAUUUUUCUUUCAGGAAAAACCCUGGAGAUGAAAUACUGGAUGUCAAGCUAACCUUUGAUAAGAGUGCUGUUGGUGUUACUAAUCGCGAAGAUGGUGGUGAUAUAAAGAUUGAGGAAGAGUUCAAUGGUUUUGGUACUUUAUCCUCCAAGAAGUCAGUUGGGCAGAAGGGUGAAGAGUUGAAUGGUUUUGCUUCUAUCAACAGUGGGACGAACGAAAAUAGGAGAGUUAAGCUAAGAGAAAUCAGUGAACAAGAAGCGUCUGAAUUGUAUCGAAGGGUAUAUCAGAAGCCGGCCGCGCAUGAUUUCUAUUGUCCUAAUUGCAAUUCUUGCAUCACAAAGGUUAUCAUUCGUGGUAGAGAGCCGGAAAAUACACUACUUCCAGCUGCACCACCUCCUCCGCCAGUUGAUCCAAUUCGAUGCACUUCGUGCUUCAGUUUCCUUAUUCCUGCAGGCAGCUGGUUCUUUCCCAAAUUGGUACAUAAAGAUGAGGACGAUCAUACAGAACGAGAAACCAAUACUGGAAACAAUGUUGAAGUUGGAGAGUUGGUUCCAAUUCCAUCACAUGACUCGGCUGGAACACCACAAGAUCAAAAUAUACAAACUGCACCAGUAAGUAAAGGUCCAGCGCCUAAAGAUCCUGUUGGAGCUACUAUACCUGCAAUAGUUGAACCCUCAAAAGAUAAUAUUCAGAUCAGUGUUGGAGUCGAAGUUCCAGUUCCAUCAUACAGCUUGAAUGAAACGCAAUAUGAUAAAAGUCCCACAAUGCCUGCUCAGCCAAAUGGAGUUAGUGAUGCUGCCUCGAUGGAUAAACCUGCAGUAACCGGUGAGUCUGUUGAAGCUAGUGUUGGAGUUGCUGCAACAACUAAACCCUCCAAAAAUAAUUUUGAGAGCAGUGUCGAAGUUGGCGAAUCAGUUACUUCACAUGAGUGGAAUGGAACAGUACAUAAUAAAAAACCUUCAGUUCCUGUUCUGCCAAUUGGAGUUGGUGUACUUGUGACCACCAAGCCCCCACCAUCUGAAAUAGAUGUUGCAGCCAUUCCGCGAGACCCCACACAAAUUCAAGCAAAUGAUGCAGGGCCAACUACAUCUGAGCUUCCUGAGAGUACGAUGGUCGUUAUUUGUCCAGAACCACCAUUGAUACCUGAAACAGGGGAAACAGGUGAUACCAAAACGUUAGAAAUCAUCAAAAGCAUUGUAUACGGUGGUUUAACUGAAGCAAUUACAAGCUUAGGCAUCGUGACAUCUGCAGCCAGUGCUGAUACUGCAACACUGAACAUUCUAGCUUUGGCAUUGGCAAACUUACUUGGCGGACUUUUCAUCGUUGGUCAUAAUCUGUGGGAACUGAAAGAUGAUCAUUCAAAAGUCCCCUCCGGUCAGACAGAUGAGCAAGUGGAGAGAUACCAAAAAGUACUAGGGAAAAGAGAGAAUUUCCCUCUUCAUGCCUCUGUUGCUGUAUUAUCAUUCAUCGUUUUCGGGUUAAUACCUCCUGUGGUUUAUGGCUUCUCAUUCCGCCAGAGCAACAACAGGGACCUAAAGGUUGCAGCAGUUGCAGUAGCUUCUUUUCUAUGCAUCAUAGUUCUCGCAAUUGGAAAGGCUUACAUCCAGAGGCCACCAAAGUACAUCAAAACUUUACUCUACUAUUUUACUAUUGCGAUUGCGGUGGGAGGUGUUUCUUACUUAGCAGGUGACCUGAUUAACAAACUCGUAGAGAAGCUUGGCUGGUUCUCCUCAACUGUAUCCGGCUCUCUGCCGCUUCCUCAGAUGAGUAUAGCGAAGCCUGCACUGGAAUCCUAUUGAUACAAUGCGGCCUCAACAAGAGAUUUUUUGUAGUUUUUCCUUGGAGCAUUGUCCUAGCGCGGCAACAAUUAUCAUCGGCAUUUAGUUUUCUAAAUAAAUUGGUUGAAUUUUUUCCCCCAGCUGUUCUUUAGCAAUAUUGCUUAUAGCUUGGGGAGUCCUAAUUUCUGAUCAAAGCCAAUGUACUGAAUAAAAUCGUUAACGUUACGCAGUUUCUUUCUGAGUUAUGUAUGCCAUUGUCCAGGCUCAUUCGCAAUACUGAUCAUCUUGUUAAUUC